AGCUAUGGAUAAGGGAAGUGGAGAGGGCGACGAAGGAAGGAAGCACUCGAGGAGGAGGAGGAGGAGGAGGAGUCCCGGCGGGUCAGCGCAGCGCCGGUGCGCGUGUGUUUGUGAGGGUCCGGUGAAGUUGAAGGUGCGGUGAAAGAAAGACCAGAGGAGGAGGAGGAGGAGGAGGAAGCAGGCUCGGGAGAGAAAAAACGGAACCGGGUCCCACCGCCCCUCGAAUUCGCCCUCCUCCAAUCUAUCCUGCUCUGCACUGGUGCUGCUUUAGUGGAUAAAGAAAGAGAGCCAUCGCCAUCGCCCUUCCAUGCAUUGCGGGUUCUUGUGAAGCUUCUGCUGCUUCGGGUCGGUGGUUGAAGAAGGAAGCUGUUGCUUUGCGUUGCUUGGUGUUGGUGUUCUCUCUCUAUCGUUUCUCCUCGUGCGCACGGUCUCGGGUGGAAUUUAUCGUUGCUUCUGUGAUUUGUGACUCGCCUGCUGCUCUUGCUCCGCCUUCGUCUCUUCGUGUUUUUCUUCUUCGCCUGCCUCUCAACCGUCUUGCGCAGGCGAGCACAAAGUCGGAGGGCAGUGCGGUUUCCACCGAGCUAUGGCUGCUUGCAGCCUUGCGGUAGUGCAUUGCCAGCCUGUGGGUUUUGCGAAACUGCCAGUAAUUGGUGAGAAUCCUCCGCCUCUGAAAACUUCGGGCACGGCGCAUUCCCAUGGCAGGCCUCCUGAUUGUCCGAGAUCGUUCGCAUCCGUCAAUGUGGGGAGGAGAAAAGUUUCCAAGUUUGGUGCGGCCACCGUCUCCGCCUCCAGAAGUUCGUGCCCAUGGUUGCUCUCCCGCGCGGCGGGCGAGUUUUCCUCCUUGCCCGUGAGUCUCGCCCCUGUCGGUCAAUUUCCUUCAAUUUCCCGCCGCAUGUCUUCGAAGUCGUGUAGCACUUCUUCUCCGACUACGAGAAGCACAUUUCUGCGCAGUUCGGAAAUCCAACGAGCACCGAAGACCUACCCCGGUCCAGCGCAGCUCGUGGUUUUAGCAUCAGGCAUCAGGAGCGGGAGGAAUGUAGUGGUGUUCGCUUUCGAAGGAACGGACUUGCAGGCAGGCCAAGCGUGGAACGGCGCUGUCACCGACGAGAAGAAGGGGGAAAAUCAGAACGGAAGCGGGAUUAAGAAUGCAGGGGACGAAGAAGCCAUGCUGGAGACUCAAGCCCGUCUGCAGCGAUUGGAGGUUUUGGUGCUGUUGAGGAGAUUGUACAGGGAUGUGAUGAAAUCCGAGAGAGUUCUGGAGACUCCAAUCCCUAGGGUUGCCCCAAUUGAGGACGACGAGGACACUGGGGAUAAGAAAUCCAAGGCCAGGAGGGUUAGCGAUUGGCUAUGGUGGGGAUUGAGGAGCUCGAGGCAGGGAGAUGGAAACCAGGAGCUCAUUCUCAGCAGUAGUUUGGAACUGUUGGAGUACGCCGAGGACAUCCGAGACCUGGCUGUGGCACUGCAGAGAGAUUUGAGAGGCGUAGAUGGGUUGCUGCCUCUGGUUUUCGGCGAGGAUUCCAAUGCGGAAAGCAUAGUGGAGAACACUGUGGAAAAAAUUGGGGAGAGUCUGGAAGAAGUGGCAGAGAAAGUGGAGGCUUCGCUCUCUCAGGAGGAGAGGGAGAGCGCCCUCAGACAGAAAGUGGAAGACGAAGAACGGGAGAAGGACGAGAAUGUCCAGGCUCGCGUCUUGAGGAGGCUGGAGAGGUUGCCGGACACCAGCGCAGUUUUGGAUCGCGUCAUCAAGCGAGUGGCAAGGGUGGAUCUCAACAAAAUUGAUCUCACGAAGGUGGACGACGAGGAUGUGGACACCCUUCAAAUUAGGGGUCAACGCACUCUGCAAUUUUUCGUUGAAACCUGGAGAAGAUUGAAUGGAAGGCCCGGCUCCAACGUGAUCGAGCCCAUCACUGCCGUCUUGCCGGUGCCCACUUCAUUGAGACCCCAGCUGGAGCAGAAGAAGCUGGCGUUGAUUCUCGAGGUGGAGGCCUUGGACAAGAAGCUGGGAGAAGCCAGUCGCGCCAGAGAAUCCAAAUUGAGGCAGAAGAACGUCUUGAAGAGGACUCGCCUCGCUAGCGAAAUUCGCACCAUGGACGACGAAGUGAACGAGCUGAGGAAAAUCUUGGCAGUUAGGACCCUGCAGUUGGAGAUGCAGUUAAUUUAUAUGUAUCUGGAGGACGAUGUGCUACAGGUUACUGACGAUAUCAGAUCCGACGAAGAUGAAAGCUUGCUGGUGGCCGAAUUCGGGCUGUUGGAUGCAGACUUGGCCACUCUGAGAACAGCCGUGGACAGGAAUGAGGCGAUUCUCAUCCAGGACGAGGAGCUGGAGGAUCUUGCAGUAGACAUCCCCGAUUUGAAGAAUCGGCUGGGAAUUGUAGAAGAAGCUAGCAUCCCUGUACAGCAACGGAUGCAAAUGUCUAUGGCAGAAGGGCUGGUGAAGGUCAAGGAGGGUGCAGGUUUCUACUGGAGAGGUCUGAGGCUUCUGGGUGGAGAUUUGGCGUACUCGGGUCGCCUGUUCUGGGCUGCUGUUACGGGAAUUACUCUGAAGCCUCGAGAAGUCCAGACUUUGAGACGAACUUUCAAGGAUAUUUUCACAAUGGUUCCCUUCACGAUUAUCCUGAUUGCUCCCAUCACGCCCGUAGGUCACGUGAUGGUGUUUUCGUUUCUUCAGCGAUACUUCCCAGGGUUUUUCCCGAGCUCAUUUUCGAACAAGAGGCAAGAGGUGAUGAAGAGAUACGAGCUUAUCAGAGAGCAGGUGAGGCUAGCCGUGACAGAGCGGGAAAAGGAAGAGGCUGCAGCAAUGGCCGCCGCAAUGGCAGCCGAGACAUUUGAAGCAUCAGAUGAGGAAUUGAAACCAUCCAUUAAGGAGAAGAGCUCUGACUCUGUUAGUGGUAGGCUUCGCCAGAGGGGCAGGCCCGGCAGGUUACUAAUUUUGCAGGAUAGAUUACCAGAAAUUGCAAGACAAAUCGAGAGUAUGAAAGAAGGAAUGAAAGAUGAGGAGGCAAGCGCAGGAAGCAGAUACUUGAAGAAGGGUCUCAUCGAGAGGACAGAAGAAGCACUUCCUCCGGACAUGGUAGAUCCCUCUGCAAGAUCAAGCUCCCCUACGGAAGACGUAAAUGAUAGUAAGUAAAGGCGGGACUGGUCAAAUGGUCAAAUGUUCCUUCUCGUUUGACUCAACUGUACAAUUCAUUCAUUCUUCUUUCGCAUCAGUGCAUAAUGUAAAGUAUCACUAUGGUAGAGAUUACGUUCGUAGUUGCUUUGGGGAGCUCUGCUUGAUCGAUACUCCGCCGUAUACAUUCCCAAAGAGAAGAUUCACGUCUAUCUUACGACAUUCGUUAUCCUACAAGGUCUACGUAUUCGCCGACAAACAUCUUACCCUGUAACUCUAGUUCAUGUUUCCUUUAAUAAAACAUCCCAUCAACUCUCUUCGCUUCUCUUGGAGAGUACUGAAUCCACCUCUUGUUGACAAUAUAUUUUCUUCACUCAUCGCACCGGGUGUGAGCAGGAUUUCUUCCUCUGAUCACAUCGAUUGUUGGUGAUUCGGC